UUGUGCCGUUUUUUUAUUUCGAAUUUUGUUGAUAGAGUUUUGUGGAAGUAUCCUGUUCUUUAUUUUCGACUCUAAAAUGGUGGUCUCGAAUAAAAUAAAUAGUGCCCUUGCGGUACGCGUGUUACAGCCACGUGUUUUCAGGGGACGGGUGGACUGUAAACACUGUAGAGCGUGGUGUUUUGACACUAAUGUUUUGCAAUGAUGUAGUUCGCUGCUGGCUUUGCGCUACGUGGUGUAACCAUAGACAUGGGUGUAGCCAUUGCCCGGAAUGGGUCCAGGAAGUGUGGUCCUACAUUGAAGCUGCAGGACACACUUGUGAGCUCAGAGACGCAGCGGAGUUUCAGUCCCCUGCUGAGGUGGCAGAUCUAGUGUCUCGGUAUCCUCCAUUUGAUGGUGCACUGGCCAUUCAUCUGUUUAAAGCAGGCAGACUUCUCUUGGACGUCCAUGUGCCCUUUGGCGUCAUCUUUGGAGGAACAGACAUAAACGAAGAUGUGAAAGUCAAACAGAAGUGUGUGGUUAUGGACCAGGUGCUGCUGAAAGCCAGGUUCGCUGUGGCAUUUACCAACACUCUGAAAGAAGAGGCAGAGUUAUACUUGCUGUCCCAGAGCAGUAAAAUCUAUGUCCAACCCCAAGGUAUCCAGACAAAAGUGGCUGAAAAAUUCUGCUGGACUGAAUUCUUGAAGAGCUCAGGUGUAAGUAGUGAGCAUGUCGACGAGCUGCGCGUCUUCUUGUUGGUCUGUGGCCUCAGAAGAGUCAAGGAUCCCCUUUAUUUGGUGAAGGUAUUUUCAGAGUUGCAUUAUGAGAAUCCACAGAAUGUGCUGGUCAUUAUUGGACCAAAGAUGGAUCCUGCAUUUACUGUUGAAGUGGAAGCUGUAGUUAAAAGCACAGCAGGGGUCUUCUUGGCCCGGGAGAGGAGCCAACAGGAGCUCCAUGCUGCCAUGAAAAGGUGCUUCGCGAUUGUCAACAGCUCUGCGUCAGAGGGCAUGUCAGCGACCAUCUUAGAGGCCAUGGAUCUUGAGGUGCCUGUCCUGGCCAGGGAUAUUCCGGGGAAUUCAGCGGUGGUGCAGCACGAGUUCAAUGGCCUGCUGUUCUCUUCACCUCAGGAAUUUGUCCGUCAGUCUCAGAGGCUUUGGUCAGACCUUGAGCUGAGGGAGAAAGUGGUCCGCAAUGGAAAACGUUACGUGGAAGAACAUCACAGCGUGAAGCGGGAGAGAGAAACCUAUCAGCGACUGGUGGACAUUCUGCUCUGAGGUGACCACAUUCAGCUUCUCUCUACUCUCUCAGGAACUUUAGUGAAAGGGAAACAUGCACGCAGUUUAAAUGUAUAACCACAAUUCAGGCUAACAAAAGUAAUCCUAUUUUUCUACACUGUGCUGCAACAAAAACACUUUGAGCCAAAGACCCAGAAUAGUAAUGGUUGUUUGUAUUGUUAAUAUAUUUUAUUUACUCCAUUUGAAAUUGAUAAUGCACUGUUAUUUAUGGUGUAGUAUAAAUGUCGGACAUUUUUUCCCGAUUUCUUUUUAAUAAAAGUGUCUUAACAACUCCA